UAAACACACACACCAUCAAUCAAUCAAAAAUGUCAAACAUAGAUCUCCCUUUCCUCGGACUAAUCGUCCUGAUCCCACUAACCAUCCUACUCAUCAUCCUCAAACUAAUAACCCGACCCAACCCAAUCAAAAUCCCAAUCAAAUCCCGCCACGUGUUAAUCAUAGGCGGGUCAAGCGGCAUCGGGCUAGCCUUAGCCCAUCAAUCCGUUCUCGAAGGUGCCCGGGUCACAAUCUUGGCCCGAAAUUUGUCCAAACUUGAAGAAGCCAAAGAUUCAAUCCGGUUAUCAACAGGCAUUGAUGUGGGUAUCGUGUCAGCUGAUGUGUGUGAUUUUGAAAGUGUGAAAAAAGUUUUUGAAAAUGUUGGUGAGAUUGAUGUUUUGGUUUGUAAUGAGGGUGUGUUUGUUGCUCAAGAGUUUGUUGAACAAGAAAUUAGUGAAGUUAAACAAAUGAUUGAUAUUAAUUUGGUUGGUAGUUUUAAUCUUGUGAAAGCUGCUUUAAUUGGUAUGAAAAAUAGGAAGGAUAGAAGGCCGGUUUCGAUUGCUUUUAUGUCGUCCCAAGCCGGUCAGGUGGGCAUUUAUGGUUAUGCAGCAUAUUCGGCUAGUAAGUUUGGCCCAAGGGGUUUGGCAGAAGCACUGCAACAAGAAGUUAUUGCUGACGACAUUCACGUGUCACUUAUAUUCCCCCCAGACACAGAUACACCUGGGCUCGCAGAAGAGAACAAAAGAAAGCCACGAUUGACAAGCAUCAUAGCAGCAUCCUCUGGUGCAAUGAAAGCUGAUGAGGUUGCAAAGAAAGUAUUGAAUGGUAUCAAAUCUGGAUCUUUUUUUGUCCCCUGCAACUUCGAAGGAUUCUUGUUGUCCAUAGCAACAGCUGGUCUCUCUCCUCAGAGAUCAUAUCUCAUGGCGUUUGUUGAGGUUAUUUCUGCCGGUCUCAUGCGUAUUGCAGGAUUGUGUUUUCAGUGGACCUGGUACGGAAGCAUUGAAAAGUUUCAUGCACAACCGAAAUAAUCAUCCAAUCUUCGGAGCUGGGAUGCCUAUAUGCUGCAAUACGUAAGGAUCCUAGUUAUGGACUGAAUUUGAGGCCAAACUAGCAGCAUCUGCGUGUAUUGCACUUCACAGAAUUCUUUUCCAUUUGCUCCUUAUUGUCUUAAAAAGUUUUGGAAAAUACUCUUACGAAGAACCGGUGGGUGAUGGAUCGUUCUACAAAAGUGGGAUUAUUGCCGUGUUCUUUGUUUCACACUUGUUCAUUUCAUAGUUUUGACUAAUGAACAAACAUUUGGUCUGAUCAAGCAUCCUUUAGUUUAUUGAUGUGAAGUAGUAGAUUGAGAUUAUAAUGGACCACAGUUUAUGUUUAAUCCAUGUAACCUCUGUAGCACAACUGGUGUGCAAAUAGUAUUAUUUAUGAAGGCCCUUGAUUAUUGGAAAGUUAGCACAAAA